AUGUCCGCACCUCUUGUGCAGUUUAAAAAAGGACCAUCACGUCGGCCUGUACAAUCCCGCAAACGCUCGCCUUCACCCAUAGCCGAAUCCGAUCUCCCUUCUUCAUCAACAGCUACAACGGUAAUACGGCCGGACAAGAAAUCUAUAGCAAAUCCACUUGUACAAGGAACCAAAAGAAGGCGCGAUAUAAACGAAGAUCCUGUAGAUGGCGGAUUGGAAGAUUUAGAGUAUAGAGCAGAUGAAGGUAUGACACGUAGAGCAGAUGAAUUAGUCACAAGAUCAAAUGACUGGGAUCUGGAAGCUGGAGAUGGAGAUGGAGAUGUAUUGAAAGAGAAGAAGAUCAAACUGAAUGAGGAUGGAGAUAUAGAUGAUGGACAAUAUAGAGGAACAUCAAAUUAUCUACCGACGAUAAACAAAACUCGUGAAAUACUAAACGCUAAAAUGAAAGCAGGACCUAUAAGAGCCACAUCACAUGUUAGAACUAUAACUGUAAUGGAUUAUCAACCUGAUGUGUGUAAAGAUUACAAAGAAACUGGAUUUUGUGGAUAUGGUGAUUCAUGUAAAUUCUUACAUGAUCGCGGUGAUUAUCUAGCUGGUUGGCAAAUGGAUAAUUUAGAUCCAAAUUCUCAAGCUGUGAUUGAAGAAGAAGAUGAAGAAGAAGAAGUUCCUUUCGCUUGUUUGAUAUGUAGAAAUAAUUUCACAAAUCCUGUCGUGACUAAAUGUGGUCAUUAUUUCUGUAUGAAUUGCGCUACAAAACGCUUCAUCAAAUCACCUAAAUGUUAUGCAUGUGGUGCCCCUACUUCUGGAAUAUUCAACACUGCGGAUAAAAUCUUGGCCAAGAUGGAAGCUAGGAAUAAGGCUAAAAGGGAUGCAAAAGGUCUAAGAGAUGAAGAGGAGAAUAACGGUGGUGGAAUCGAGAUUGGUGGUGCUAGUGGUAGUGAAGGCGAGGAAGAAGAAGGAGAAGAAGACUAG